AUGUUGAAAUCGAUACUAGCAUCUGGUUUGGUGCGGAAGUUAUGGUGGAGUACUCUUGGACUGCAAUUUGACUGGUCCAAGCGGAAUUACAAUGUAUCUCUUCUACACAACAAGAUCCCCGAUGCUCUUUGCCAAUUGGCUAAAAAGAUGGCAGCACCUGCAAUGCCAGGUGGGGAAGAAUUUCGCCCAGAAGCUGCAAUAGUGAAUUACUUCGGGUUAGGUGAUACACUUGGGGGCCACCUUGAUGACAUGGAAGCGGAUUGGACUAAACCUAUUGUUAGCAUCGGUUUGGGCUGUAAAGCUGUUUUCCUUCUUGGAGGGAAGUCUAGGCAGGAUCCGUCAGUGGCAAUGUUCCUUCGAAGUGGUGAUAUUGUGCUAAUGGCUGUUAUUGUGGCAAUAUAGUAAUAUUCUACAUAUUUAUUAAUCU